AUGACAGCAACGGACGAUCAAGGCGCCAAACGAGGAGCCGGGGCGUGUUUGCAGGGAGAACAACGCUGCCGGGCAAUCACCUGUCGUUGCUUCAAUGUUGGCAGCGAUAUCUCGGGCGCUAUUUCCUAUACCGCUACUUCGGACUUGGGCGAUUUCAGCAUCACACGACUGCAGGAGGUGAUCCUAGCAUCUGAUGAUGUUCACCUUUGGUAUGUGCCUUUUUUGCGCUGCUCAGGUACCAUACAUCAGAAAUUCGCGAUGAUAUCUCGAUUCCAACAGCCUCCGAUCCAGGAUUUCUGGCGCUCUUGUGAUUGGCGCAUCCUCAUCGUCAGAUAUAUACCUAUCACCUCGACGAAGCGAUCCGAUUCGUCCAUCACUAGACACCCAUGGACCUAG